UUACAUUUACUUUUUCAAAUUUUUCUUCGAAUAUUGGCAGUGAAAUCUUCGAUCUUUGUGGGAGAUUCCAACGAAGGCAUAAUUUUUGUCCUAUUGUUGUUAAGUGCAGCAAUUUCUCGACAGAGAGCGUCGAGCAACGUGAAGGUGGUCCUGCUGGUCCCCUUUGGCAUCGCAAAUUGCAGAAAAAAUGGAAAUCAAUGACAAUUUUGCUAUCUGUUUUGGUUAUUGUGGCAAAUUCUUUAGAAAAGAUGAUCGUAUGGAAUAUAUACGAGGUGAUUUCAAGAAUAAAUUGGGGUUAGAUAAAGAUAGAUUUGGCUUUCUAGAUCUUAGUGCUGAAGUUGAGAGCUUAGGGCUUGUAUCAUGGUCUAAGUUAUGGUACAGAAUCCCUAAAACUGAUAUAUAUAAAGUGAUUACAGAUGACAAAGAAAUAAUGGAGAUGUUGACAUUAAUUGAUAAGAAAAAUCGAGUCAUCAAUGUGUUUGUUGAGGGUAGUGUCACUUUGGAUGAUACAACUGAUGAUGUAAUGGUUGAUGAUGUAAUGGUUGAUAGAGAAGAUGGUGAUGUACUGGGUAAAGAUAAUGAGACCGAUAGUGAUGAUACAGAGCAUGCCCCUAGUGAAUCUGAGUUGGAUGAUGUGAGUCUAGAUGAACUUGAUUAUAUUUCUGAUGAGACUUACACAAAUGCUAGGAGAAAUAUGAACAAAGUUAACUCUGUUUUUGAUGUUAUUUCCAUGGAUGAUGGUUUUGAAGAUAUAGACUUAGGACAUGAAACUGUUUCCGAAUGUGAAAUAUCAGAUGAUGAUGUGCCAUCUAAGAGUGAAGGUGAAAAUGAAGGAAGGGCCUGCAUGAAAAACUGCAUAGUUUAUGAUCCUAAAUGCAACCAUGAAAAUCUGAAUAUUGUCCUUGGAAUGCAAUUUAAAGAUGGACUUCAGUGCAGAGAAGCUUUAAGGACAUGGGGUAUUGAAAAUGGAAAAUUUGUUCAAUUUAGGUGUGUCAGCAAGACUAAAUUGGUGGCUGUGUGUAAGCCACCUUGUCCUUGGAAGGUGUAUGGUAGUAUGGUCAAGUCUAGUGAAACAUUUAUGAUAAGAUCAUAUUGGGGUUACCAUAAUUGUCCUAGGGCAAUGACUAACAAGCUUAUAAGCUCUAAAUGGAUAGGCCAAAAGAUAUUUGAAUGUAUUCAGAGUAAGAUAUAAUUUAAGUGCCAAGGACUUGAAAGAAGAUAUUCUUCAGAGAUUCAAAAGCUAUGUACCCAAGGAUAGAAUAUACAAAGCAAGAAAACUUGCACAGGAAUUGGUGAGAGGUUCAGUGGAUGCUCAUUAUGCCUCAAUCAGGAGUUAUAUUGCUGAGUUGAGGAGGGUUGACAGGGAGGGUAGGUAUGAACUAUUAUUGGGUGAUAGGGCAGUGUUUAAGGGCUUUUAUAUGGGGUUGAGUGCACUGAGGAAAGGGUUCAAAGCUAGUUGUAGGCCUUUAAUUGGCCUUGAUGGAUGUUUCCUGAAAACAUAUUUGGGGGGAAUAUUAUUGUGCGCCAUUGGGAAAGAUGGCAACAAUGGGAUGUUUCCAAUUUCUUGGGCUAUAGUAGAGAUAGAAAACGAAGAUUGUUGGACAUGGUUUUUGAAAUGUCUUCUGGAAGAUCUACAGAUUGUAGAUGGAAAUGGCUGGACUUUCAUCUCUGACCAACAAAAGGGUCUCCAAAAUGCUGUUGCGAACUUGGCUCCACGAGCAGAGCACAGAAAUUGUGCUCGACAUGUGUAUAUGAGUUGGAAGAAACAACACAAAUGUAUCACACUGAAGAACAUGUUUUGGAGGGCAGUUAAGUGCACAUAUAUUGAGGAUUUCAAAAUGGCAAUUCAAGCCAUGAAGGUAGAAAAUGCAGCUGCAUGUGAAGAUUUCAUAGCUAGAGAUGUCAAUAAGUUUUGUAAGGCUUUCCUUUCAACUUUUGCAUGUAGUGAUAUGGUAGACAAUAAUAUAAAUGAAACAUUUAAUGGUUACAUAUUGAAUGCAAGAGGAAAACAUGUGAUUCACAUGUGUGAAGAAAUUAGGACAAGUCUAAUGGUUAGGCAAGUGCAAAAAUUCAAGCAGAUGUCUUCUGUGACAGAGAGAUUAUGUCCUAAUAUUAGGCUUAUUCUAGAGAGAUUGAAAAUUGAGAGUGUUAGUUGCAUUGCACAUCCUGCUUUGGGGAAUAAGUUUGAAGUGCACGAUGAGGCGAAUAAAUUUGUGGUGAACAUAGAGCGAAGAACUUGUUCAUGUAGGGUGUGGGAUCUGGUAGGUAUCCCUUGUAAGCAUGCCAUAUCUGCCCUUACUUUCUUACAACAAGAUGCCUCUGAUUAUGUGAAUGAUUACUAUUCUAUGAGCAAGUAUCUGGCAGGUUAUGAGUUUGGAAUUGAGCCCAUUAGGGGCAACAAAAUGUGGCCCGAGGUGGAUGGUGUGGUUGUGAAACAAUUUAGUUAGAAAAAUGCCCGGAAGACCAAAGAAAAAGAGGAUUAGUGCCCCAAAAGAAAAAGAACAUGGAAGACCUUUAGCAGGCAUGGAAGUGUAAUGACGUGCAGUAAGUGUCAUCAAAAAGGACACAAUGCUAGAGGUUGUAAGAAUGAGCAAGUAGAUAAGCAAAAUACGGAAAAGGUAUGCAUCAUGUCUCAUAUUAAUUCUCUUUUAUCAUUUGACUAAUGUUUUUAUCUUCUUAUUUUGUAGAGAAAGAGGGGAAGACCUGCUAAAGCUACUGUUGGAGUUUCCACCAUAGAUGGGUCAGGGAAUAGAGGGAGAGUGAAUCAAGUGAGUCAUUGAACUAGUAUUUGAAUUGACUACUUCUAUAAAGUGUACUAAAUAAUUAUGUUGUUUGUUUAACAGGAAACUUCAACCAAUAGAUUUACUUUUGGUAGGCUUGGGGCAUCAUUUACAAGAGGUCGUGGGAGGGGAUCAUUUAUAAGGCCUCAUGUUGUUUCCUCGUCUUCAACAAGUCGUGUUGGGGCUUCAUGCUCGAGGGCUGAAGAUAUUGUUGGUGCAUCAUCUUCACAAGGCCAAGAGAGUGUUGUAAUGAAUCAAGUCUUUACAACACAAGAAAGCACAAAUGAUGAUUCAUAAUAUUUGUUAGCUUGACUAUUCUGUGAUUUUUUGUUUUUCAUGGGCAGUAAAACUCUUUUUGGCAUCUUAAAAGUAUGAAAUAUUUAUUUUGUGUAGAGCCUUACCCUUUUUCGGUACAAUCUUGAGUUGGAUGUGAACAAGAAUUGAUAUAUUUAUAUGCACAUUAUUGCAUCUUUUGAAGUUUAUGAAAUUUGCACAUUAUUAGGAGAUUCCAUAUUAUAUGUUUUGGAAUGAAUUAAUUUGUGAAAAAAUAAUAUUAGCUAUUUAUUUUGUGAAAAAAUAUUUAAAUUAAUGAUAAUUGACUAAAUAGAAAAUUUAAUAAAAUUUGUAUGCAAAAUCAGAAACUGAUGAAAGUUCAGUAUUUUAUGGGCAACUAAUUACCACGUAAGAAUACAUAUGCCAUGUCAGAUAUCCGCACGCCAUGUCAGCCCGGAAUUUGGCCGGAAUUUGGAUUAGUAGCAAAAUCAGAUAAAAUUAAAAGUUCAGUAAUUAUCACGCCACAGUUUAAAGUUUGUAUGCAAAACCAGAAUUAGA